UCAUCAACCGAGGGAUAGUGAAAUGCUGCAUGUUAAAAAAGGGGACUUUGUAUUAUUCAUUUGAAUGGUCAUAAACUGUACAACACAAGCGGAAAAGAAUGCCGCUGAACGUUUUUGGGGCUGUGCAAUAAAUUAUGUCGGUGAAUGUAGCCCCAUCACAGGCCCCUGAGCCUGUGUAGGGAUGUAUUUUGGAGUGGACAGUGAUUGAAGUAUGAUGUUUUAUUUUAUUUAUUUAAACAAUUUUUAGUUAACGUGUUUUAUUUUGUUUGAAGUCGUUUUACCCCUUUCCCGGAAUGUUUUUUUGUUGUUUCUUGUUCAAUGCCUCGUCCAGCUGCCGGCGGUAAUGGAUCAUUAACAUUGGAUGCCAACCGCUGUUAAACCCCAUCGAAGAAGAAGUACCACAGUGCAUUGCUUUACCAGCUACUUCCUAAAUACUGAUGGCCACCGUGUUUACAUCCAAAUUAGUUGAGAUAAAAUAAUAUCCAUCUGUCAAGGUAGCUAGAUGACAUUUUGUCGACAUAGCUCAUCCUUUUAGCUUGAUUUCCUUAUGCAGUUUGUAAGUUGCUGAAGGUUGUCCGCUCGCAAUUCUCGUUUUACACGCAGCAGCACUAACUUGAGCUAGACCGUUAACUAACGUUGGCUAGCAUUAGCAAGCUACUGCACUGUAGCUAGCCAGGUAUUUGUGCCUUGAUUGGCGCAUUAUAUUUCACUUUAGUAUUUGGUGGCAGUAAGUCAGGUAGCUAGUAUCGAUUACGGACAGGUAAUGUUAGCUUGCUUGCCUCAAACCACAGGCAAAUAGCUAGUCAUAACAACAGCUAGCUAACUUGACUUGCUAACGUGGCUAGCCACACAGCUGAAUAUUUCCACAAUGUGAGUUGUCUAUUGCCUUGCGCAUUAUCAGCAAGUGUUUAUUUUUUGUAUAUAUAUAUAUUUUUUUUACAAUUCGAAGAUGUACACCUUAUUAUCUGGUCUGUACAAAUACGCGUUCCAGAAGGACGAAUACUGCAUCUUGAUCCUAGGACUUGACAAUGCAGGAAAAACCACCUUUUUGGAACAGACCAAGACCAAGUUCAGUAAGAACUACAAGGGAAUGAAUUUGUCCAAGAUCACCACUACAGUUGGACUUAACAUCGGCACAAUCGAUGUGGGCAAAGCUCGUCUAAUGUUCUGGGACCUUGGUGGUCAAGAGGAGCUUCAGUCGCUAUGGGACAAAUACUACGCCGAGUCCCACGGUGUGAUCUAUGUUAUAGACUCCACCGAUGAGGAGCGACUAGCAGAAUCAAAAGAGGCAUUUGAGAAAAUGAUCAGCAGUGAGGUGUUGGAAGGUGUGCCUCUCCUGGUGCUCGCCAACAAGCAGGAUGUGGAGGGGAUGGUAUUAGGUGCCAGGCGCAGCGGUUUGUGUCAAGGACUGCAUCGCUGCGGAGUUUUUCAUGCUCUACAGUUUCCCAACUGUAUGUCUGUGCCGGACAUCAAAACCGCUUUUAGCGACUGCGCUCCAAAGAUCGGUAAACGAGAUUGCCUGGUGCAGCCUUGCACAGCCCUAACAGGGCAGGGGGUUAACGAAGGCAUCGAGUGGAUGGUGAAGUGCGUCAUCAGAAACAUUCACCGGCCACCGAGACUGAAGGACAUCACAUAGAGCAAGCCAUGGCUUCCCCACUAGGGCUCUCGAAACCGGGUCCUAUUCAUUAGGCACCAAAUGGUAGAAAAUGUACUGAAACAAGAAGGGACUACUUAGACUGCCAGUCCGAUAAAAAUCAUUUUCAGUUGAAAUAUGCUUUAAAAGAUUUUUCUACGUUCUGCCCUGUUGAAUACGACCGAGGCGCCCGUUUUGCUACAGUGUGACUUUCAGAAAACGAGAUGGAUUCUAUCCAUGCCCUGGCAAUGAACUUCUCUCUCUCUCUCAUCCUAUUUGAGUGGGUGCUGUGAACUCAAGUCUAUUUUUCAGAUACAGCUUAGCAUCAGGGGUAAACAAUUGGGAAACUAUUGAUUAUUAUAUGUUAUUUGGAUAUGUACUCUGAUUUGGGUGAAAUGCUUUUUGAGGCAUUCUGAUCUAAGCAUAACUGUCAAGUCGAUAAAGUUUUUCUGGCUCAAGUACCUCCGUUUCCCUUCGGUAGUAUAAUCUGUCUUCAUGAAGCGUCCCAGAGUAGUGUGCUGAUCUAGUAUCAACUUUUCCUUUUAGAUCAUAUGAAUCAAAUUGAUAUGGAUUAUUUUACUUUUCAUCCCAAUGCUUGAGUUUUUUUUUUUUUAAGUAAGAGGAUGAACCUUGGCACAACCUUGAGUUAUUUAUAUUAUGCAAAGAUGCUACAUGUAAUGGAAUUGUACAGAGGGUCAACGAUAUACAAAUGACUUCCCUUUCAUUGACAGGAACUGUUUAAAUACUAGUUUUAUAGUUUGAAAUUGCGUGUCUGUGUGUGGUGUAUGUGUACAGUCGAGUCCCAAAUGGAACACUAUUCCCUAUUUAGGGAAUAUAUGUGUCCCCAGCGGCAUCCUCCCUCUUUUUACUCUGUCUAACCUGGUGACGUAUGCAAAGUAUCUCCAAUGAUCAGGCUGAAAGCCUAUUUGAAUGACAUUAUGAAGAUGUAAUAAACAGUUGACACUUUU